UAUCUUUCUCUCUCUCCUCAUCUACUAAUCUUUUUUCUAUAAACAAUCUCUCUCUCUCCUCCCUUUCAUGUAAUUCAAUUCUAUCUUCCUCAAACAAGUAAUCUUUUCAUUUCAAUGUUGAGCUUUACAGAUAUUUGCAACACGGGUCUUACCCUAGGAUUGAGCUCUUUCCAAGGAUCGGAUGGUCAUCUUCUUCAAUUGGACUGUCAUGAUCCGAACAAGAAGAAUCCAUCUCUUAAAAAAAUUGAUAAAAACUUCCCAUCUCUUACCUUAGCCGUGUCAUCGGGUAGUGGGGCGUCAUCGUAUUCUAAUUCAAGUGUAAAGAGAGAAAGAGAAACAAGCGGGGAUCAAGAAGAGGUGGAGAAAGUUUCUUGUAAAGGGUUGAUGAUUGAUGAUCUUGAUGAAGAACAUGAGGGUAGUGCUAGAAAGAAACUUAGACUUACAAAAGAUCAAUCUAAUAUUUUGGAAGAUAGUUUUAUGGAACAUAGUACACUUAAUCCUAAACAAAAGCAGGCUUUGGCAACACAGCUUAAUCUAAGGCCAAGACAAGUAGAAGUCUGGUUUCAGAAUCGAAGAGCGAGGACAAAACUGAAGAAGACCGAAGUAGAAUAUGAAUUAUUGAAAAAAUGUUGUGAAAAACUAACCGAUGAGAAUAGAAGGCUACAAAUGGAACUGCAAGAGAUGAAGGCGAUGGCGAUGAUUGCAACACCAUUCUACAUGCAACUUCCUGCAGCUCCGACGCUCAUCGUGUGCCCCUCGUGUGAUAGGAUUGGUAGAGGCGGAGGAAGAGAAAGCGAUACAAAUAAAAAUCAUUUCUCGGUAGGUUCCAAGGCUCAAUUGCAUAACCAUAUCCAAUGCUAAGUUUAUAACUUCAUUUAACAAUAGCAACAAUACUUGUUCUCUAUUUUCUUUUCUUGAAAUUUAUGCUUUCUU